AUGUGAGCACAACAUGCAACAUAUACGAAAUAUAUAAAGAAAGCGUGGAGAGUCGUUAUGCAUUGUUGAACAGAAAAGAUGCGCCAGAAAAUGAGAUGUGUGUUGAACAUAUGUAGUGCUAUAUGAAGAGUUCAUGAAAGUUCAAGCCUCUCGAUAGGCUAUUUCUAAACUUUUGCUUAAUAAUUCUUGAAUAAUUAUUAUACACCCUUUUUAGGAGCUCAAGAGACUAAAAUCGACAAAACAAGAUAUUUUACCAUUAACAAGACCCAACGUAUACACUUCCUCUCAAACAUUCAGAUACUACCCUAACCUAAUGUUGACUAAAACGUUAAUAGACGUUGUCUACUAAAUAACCAACACACUACCCAUAUGUGACACAAAGUAGUAAUUAUCGUUCUUCUCAUAUUUUAAGCAAAUAAGUGUGGAUGGCGCCUCUGCUGAUACGCGCUUUGGCAAACCCCUCCCGGUGCCACCGUGCGCUCAGAGCGCUGAAACCUUCAGUCCACUGCAGUCACUGGUGACAGAAAACAACGAUCUUACGCCGCUAGGGGACCGUGCAGCAGCACGCCUUUCUCCUCAUUUCAAGGAGGGGACACCAGCUGAAAAGAAGGACAUUUGGAGAGCUCCAGUAACCUGGAGACGUGAUGGAGACCUCCAGCGUGCCAAACACCGACGCUCCUUCAAGCGCGCUCACCGGACUUCUUAACUUCACAGUGGAUGCUCUCAACGUAUCCGAGGACGAGAACCCGUCCAUGGCAGGGUUGCGCGCAACCGAAGAGCCGUUGUCCAUUGUGCUCAGCACUUUCAGGACUGCAUUGACUCCUGCGGGGCUCUUGGCCGAUCCGUUUUCCCCAUCUGAAGAGCCCACUCACAUUAUAGUGGCGUUCUGGGAUUCACCCCUGAGUCACGGAAUUAACGUGUUUGUUGGAUUUGUCUUGUGCUUCACCAUGAUGGGGCUUGGAUGCACGGUGGAGAUCAAUCAACUGGGCGAGCACAUUCGCAAGCCCAUAGGAGUUCUUUUGGCAGUGGUGUGCCAGUUUGUGGUUAUGCCUCUGAUAGCUUUCCUUCUGGCUCUGGCUUUCUCUCUUAAUGAUGUCGCCGCUAUAGCAGUGCUCCUGUGCGGGUGUUGCCCGGGGGGCAACCUCUCCAACAUCCUAUCAUUUCUGGUCAACGGGGAUAUGAACCUCAGCAUAGUCAUGACCAUCUCCUCCACUAUCCUUGCGCUCGUGCUCAUGCCGCUGUGUCUUUGGAUGUACAGUCGCGCGUGGAUCAACACGCCCGUGGUGAACCUGUUGCCCUUCGGCGCGAUCAUUCUCACCCUGUGCAGCACGCUCAUUCCCAUCGGGAUUGGGGUCUGGAUAAGACACCGAUACCCCCGAGUGGCUGACAUCAUCCUUAAGGUUUCCUUAUGGUCUAUCUUUGUCACUCUGUUGAUGCUCUUCAUCAUGACUGGAACGAUGCUGGGCCCGGAGCUGCUGGCCACCAUCCCUGCCUCCGUGUACCUGGUGGCCGUCCUCAUGCCCAUGGCCGGCUAUGCUGCGGGAUACGGCCUGGCGGCACUCUUUGAUCUUCCCCCAAACAGCCGAAGGACUGUGUCUUUAGAGACGGGCUGUCAGAACGUGCAGCUGUGCACAGCCAUCCUAAAGCUCGCCUUCCCCCCGCAGCUGAUGGGAGGCAUGUAUAUGUUUCCUCUGCUGUACGCGCUCUUCCAAGCAGCAGAAGCAGGUCUCUUCAUUCUGGGUUACCGCGUGUACAGGAGAGAGGUGUUGCAAAAACAGGACCUCAUGGAGGAUGAUGACGACACUAACGUAAGCUACAAAAGAAUGAAGGAGGAAGAUGUGCCAUUCGAUUCGAUUUAUGGAGCGGUAACGGCGAGUGAUCCCAAUGUCAUCAUGCUGGAGUCACGAGAUGUUGUAGGAAGCCCAACACCUGUAUAAGAGAAAAACAACUGACUUGGUAUUCACCAUGAACAAGGGACCUGUGUAAUACUGUGCGUCUAUACUUUAGAAUGUAUUUAUGUCUUCAGUCACAGUUGAACUAUUCACGCAAAGCAUUUUAACUAAUAAGUGCCAAACGUUAUUGAUUUUGUGAUUAUUGUGAAAAUGGAAACUAAAGAAGAAACUUGCAUCCAAAGUGAUGAUGAGGGACAUUGCAAGCUAUUACUACAAGUGCCAUAAAGAUGCAAGAACGUGUA